UUUAGCUCCCUAUAUGUUGUUUAGCCCUUUUAAAAGAAACUUUUUUCCCCUCCUUGAAUUGUUCUUACAUGGUCUUUCUUAGUGUAGAUGUUUGGCAACACCACUAGCCCAAGGUGAAGCUGGUCACCACCCAUGCAGACAUAAAAUAUGAAUCCAGAGAAUAUGAAGAUUUAAAUGCAAAGAACAAAAAGACAAGAAUUUCGGAUGUCACUAAUGUCACUGGGGGCUCCCAAAGCAGGGCUGGGUGCCCAGAAGAGCUUUAAGCUGCCAUGGGAGAAGGAUGUGACUCACACCCAUCGGCACCUGGUUGUCUAGAGAUUAAAUGCAUCAAAAGAGGCCGUGACACUACAACAAGUUGUAUCAGAUCAAUGGUGGAAACGCUGCAAGAGGAGUGCCAGCUGAAGAGAGCAGUUGUUACACUAAAGAGAGAAAAAUGGUUGGGAAAUGCCUGCACGGGUGUGGGACUGACCUGCACUGUCUGAAAGGAGGAAAACGGGCUCCCCUGUCCAGGUGAUGGCCAUGGCACCCCUUGGUCCUCAGUCCUGGAAUGGGACCUGGAAUGUCCCUGCUGUUUCUUCCCCUCCCUUUUGCAGGGGUCCAGCUGCAGCCUGCGGUCACAAGCAGUCGUGCUGAAGCUCCUGCUCAUCAGUGCUGGGGUUAUUCUUCUGAAGGAAAGAUGACAGAGAAAAUCAGGUCCCUCCCAGCCCUCUAGUCAUGAAGACACCCUCUGUUUUGGGGGGAUUUUUUUUUGUAGACAGGGAAAAGUGUAAUAUAGCUCCUAUUUCCCCAGCUGGAAGAUGAUUUAUUUACAACGAUUAAUCCUUCCAAGAUACUUUAUACAACAUAAAGAAGCAGAGAAAGGGCAUAAUCCUAUUUUCUCCCUCCAUGUCCAUGUCACCUUUAGCAGCAGUAUUUGAGAGCAACCAGCUCUAAACCCCAGCAAAGUCAGGGAAUAUAUUCAGGAUGUUUUCUAUGCAUGUAUAAGUAUGCUUCAUUCUUUGAAGCUGUGAUACAAUCUGUUCUCAGCAGACCUUUCCUGGCUGUGAAUCCACACGACUCUGAAACCACAGCUUGAAAGGUAUCGUCCCCUUGUGCUGAAGUCAGCCCUCACCCAAUGUUUGCCGUAAAAAAAGUGACACAUUGUUUAGCCAAAUUGCAGGUACACACAUACACUCACUGACAGAUCCUGGCAAUUGCAAACAAAACCCCAGCCAGGAUUAAAAAAGAAGAACAGAAGAUUAAGCUUCUAUUAAGAGGUAAUUAAAGCCAGGAGGAGAGAUAAUGAUGACAAUCAUAAUGACUCAAUUGGUACAGGGAUGUUUGCCCAACAAAUUACUGUCAUUAUAGACAGAAGCAGGAAUUAUUACCCAUCAGCAGAAAUACAGUCCAUCGAACUGCUGUGGAUGACCUGAUUGAGUUUAGAGAGUAAUUAAAAGGACGUUGCAGCCUGGAUGCAUUAUUUGCUGUUAAUCAUGAUUACUCAUAUUCAUAUGUUUACCCAAAUAAUCGCUUCUGAUAAGGGCUGCAGAUUUAUAGGGGGCCAUGGAGAGGAGUGGGCCAGUGGCGCGUUGUAACCGUGAGACAGCUGAGAGCCUGGAGUGACCACGGUUAGGUGAGUACGCUGUGCUGACAUGAUCAGGCUGGACAGGCUGCCUUCUCCUCUCUUUCAAUUUUUGGGUAGUGGAUUUUAGGCCUCUGUGACACUUUGCUGAGCCAUUGCCAUGAGGCCAUCCACCUCCUGAACAGCAAUGCUGGUAAUAUGUGGGGGUUUCCUCCUCUGGAGCAACCAGAGGAAAGAACAGAGCCCAGACAGCAGCUAGACCAAAUGGCUUCCAGAAAUAUGUGGUCUUUAGUUUUAGGUAGAGCACAACAACGGGCAGGAGCAAGAAGGUGUGCAAGUGUGUACCAGCCUUUUGGGAACUCUCUUAGCAGUCCUGCCCCUCCAGGGUGGUGAGAGCCUUGAUUCAGCAAAGCCUUGGGGUGCAAUCUGACAUUUCAGCAGUCGGGCUUUUCUACUAGACAGGUCGGAGAUGCUCCCAGGUCCUGCGCUGGCUAGGUGCACACUUGUUCAGCUAAAGGUCCCAACUAGCUUUGGAGUUUGCAUUUCUUGAAAGCCAGCAUCACUGGGGAGGGCAAUAAAAAGUCCAGAAGUAUCUUAGGAAGGUUAAACAGCUCUACUGUGACCACACUGAAGAUCUACCUCCUUCUGACUGAUUAGAAAAACCAAUGCAACACAUCACUGAUACACAGGGGAAGUUCCCCAACAGCUAUUACUGAUCCUAGCAACUUCAGCAAGCAAAUAUGAUCUGCACAGGGAAGACAAAAUUAUGUCCAGAAAGGGAAAAGACAAGUCAAUCCACUUAAUUAGCAGUUAGAAAUGUUAUGAAGAGAGGGGAAACUCUGGAACUAGGGAUGGGGUUUAAAAUGGGCUCUUAAAUGUGAUGCUCCAAGACAAAUGCCAGCCCAGGGUUGGCACAAGGAAGGCCAAAAUGUUGUGGUGAGGUCCUGGCUGGGGGUCAAGGCAUUGCAUGGCAGGUAUUGCACAGAGGAAAGGAUGGACUCAGGAUCCAGGUUUCCCUUCCCUGAAAGGUGGUGUGCUCUGGGUUUGGUGGCUGUUUUCACAAGGACGUGUUUCUUCCACGUCCCUUGGCUGGGAAGUGGUACUGUGGGGUCUGUUUUGUUUGGGCUUCAGAAAGAAACUGAUCUUUGAAACAUCCUUCUUGUUUUACCUAUUCCAUCCCCCUCAAAGCCGAAUCUGGCAGGCAAACACAACACUAAAGCAUCAGAAGUGUGUGUGAGAUUAAAUUUAUGGCUCCUUAAACAUGCAAAAUCUCACACCUGUCUGCUCUGCAACCCCCAUUAAGUAUUUUUGCUGUGGCUUACAGCGAAUAAAUUUCUGUACAAAUCUUCCCCUUUGUCCUUCCUCCUCUUGCCUCUUCUCAGCCUGCUGUAUCUCUAGAGUAACAAACAGGCCCACAAGGGCAGCUAGAAAGUGUUCAGGAAACUCCGACAGCCUUUAAUGCUCUUUGUACUGUCUAGUUUCAGACUAAAGCAAAACCAAAGUGGGAAAACUUUGAUUUUGGGUUAGCAAGUAGUGUUGGAGAGUUUCCAGGACAGUGACUAAGAAAGCCAGGUUUGCUUCUUUGCAGGAGGAAGGAGGUAUAUUAUAAAUUACAGAUAUGCCUUCUGUGUAAUCCUUCGGGAAAUGUGAGUACCCUCUUAUAAAGGCACAUACACAUCUCUGGAGGCACAGGGCUGCAAAAAGAGCCUGGAAACAAAAGGGAAAAACAUCCAAUGGCUUGUGAUAAACAAAAUAUGUUUUUCUUUUGGUUUUAUUUCUAUAAGAAGACAAAAUAUGGGGUUCUGCUGCUACUGAAAAUGUGUGUUAUUUCUUUUUUUCCAUCUUGAAAGAUUAGAUAGGCAGUUAUCAUCCCACACAAGAGCCCUUCCCUUUCCGUGUGUGCAAAUGAACUUUUAUUUGGUACAUGCCAUUUUUUGGGUCUGAAAAAAAAUUAACAACUUUCUCCUGGGCAUCCUCUAGAUACACUAGUAGCUGUCUGCGUCGGAUGUUUUCAUGGGCACUUUAAAUCUUCUCCCUGAAGGCUCAGCUCUCAGAGACUUAUCAUAGAAUAGGGUUUAUUCCAUGGCGUUGUGCUGCUGAUGGAUUAACUCACAGGAUACCUCCCUGUGUAUUCAAGGCAUAUUACACUGACUCACAGCAAACUCUAGCACAAACGUCAUCUCACACAGCCAACCUCAGAGCUGUGUUCCGGGACUGCGUGGUGGUGGGAUAACAACUACAAACAACUUCCAACUAACCGGCAAUAUGAUUUGAAUUGUUCAUCUUCUAUAUUUUAAAGCAAUACUAUCUUUGCUGGCAGGAAUUCCUGCCUCCUUUAGUUAUAGUGGUAUUAUUUAUACAGCCAUGUCUUCUGUGUGGCAUAUGAACUGUACCAGACAAAGACCAAGGUCAUUUUUUCUGCUGCUUAUAAAACCUUGUGCUUUAAUUCAGGAGAGAACAUGGUUUCCCUGAUGACUGGUCUGUGGCAGCUAAUUAUUCCCAUGAUUGUCCUAUCACACUUCUCAGCAUCUCUGCCAUCCCGGGAGAGGACUGAGAGACAUGCUGAUGGGCUCUUCCACAGUGAGCUCAGCAAGAUGAAUGGCAACGCCUACGUGCAGCAGCUAGUCAAACACCUGGUGGGCCUCAAGGAGAGGUCCCAGAGGCACUCAGAUGGACUGUUUACCAGUGAAUACAGCAAGAUGAGAGGAAACGCUCAGGUUCAGAAAUUCAUUCAAAAUCUCAUGGGCCACAAGCGCAGCUCUUCAGGCCCAGUCAACGCAGAUGUGCAAGAGAGAGAGGAAGAAAACAGCCAUGAGGAACUUUGCUUUAUGUGGUUGUACCAGAGCUUUCUAAACACCAGCCACUCGGACAGUGAUGCCAGGGAAGCUGCUGCCAUUACCAGCCGGUAUGUUUGUCCCAUCUCUAAGCAGCUGGUUGCAGACAUGAAGGAAGACACAGACAGUUUUGACUGAAGGUGAAAGGAACAGCCAAGGAGAAAGUUUUGCAUGUAUAUAGCCUUGAAAAUAAACAGGGAAGCUACUGAAUUUGCUUAGGAAAAACUCUUGAGAUCAGCAAAUAAAAAUUCUGGAAAGCAGCCAAAAUCCAGUAAAACUUCUUAGAUUAUAGAAUGAAACACAUGUCAGUGUGAAUUGCUGUCAGUAGAUGGAGCCUAAAUGAAGCUCAUCACUUCCACUUCAUGUUAGCAUCUGGCUGCCCGCUUCUGAAGUCUAAUA